CGUACACGUUUGCGCCCACUUCCUCCUUUUCUCUUUCCGUCUCGAGUAAAGUGCAUCACCGUCAUGGAAUGCCUCUGAAUUACCGCUAUAUUGACUCCAGAGCGGAUGCUCCGUUCAGUCAGAACAGCAGCUCUCUUCAGAGUCAUUUUGGAGCACAAUGUCAGGCCUGUACCACACGAUCAGUCAGAUCACUGAUGAGCUCAGUGCAGAUGAAUGCAAGCGGAUCUCUUACCUGUGCGGCGCUCUUGAUGUGGACAAGUUCUCUACAGAUCCCAGAGGCAUGUUACAAUCUAUGCUGUGCCAGAUGAGGAUGGAUUACGUGUUUCUCAUGGAGCUCAUUCUGAAAAUAAAACGCUAUGAUCUGCUGAGAGAAGUGCUGAGCACCAACAAGAGCACGGUUGAGGGGCUGCUAAAAAAUGGCCAUUCUGUAUCAGAAUACAGAGUGCUGAUGGCUGAUGUUAGUGAGGACAUGGACACAGAAAACCUGAAGUCAUUGACAUUCUUACUCCGAGGCACUUUACCAAAACACAAACUGGACAAUGUCCAGAGUUUUUUAGACAUUGUAGUGGAGUUGGAGAAACUCGACCAGCUCUCCAGUGAGAAGAUGGACUUGAUUGAACACUGCCUGAGGUCCAUCCAUAGGGCCGAUCUAGCUAAAAAGAUCAGUCACUACCAGCAGACAGUGCUAAUGACCAAACAAGGAUCUUCACCUCCAGACAGACUGAAGUUCUGCACAAUGCCACCGCCAAGUAGCUCAUUCAGUGUGUCAUCAGCUUCCUGUAAUGUCAGGCCAGUUUCCAAAUUCUGUGAUAAACCGACCACAGUGAAGAAGAAACUACUUGGCACUAGCUCUUAUUGUCAGCAGCAGGAGGAAGUGUACAGUAUGCAGAGUGAUCCCAGAGGAGUGUGUUUAAUCAUAGACUGUGUCGGCACUGAAGGAGAUGAGCUGGAGCAGACAUUUAAGGCCUUACACUUCCAUGUGAUCACGCACAAGCUGCUGAGUGUGAGGGACGUGCAGUCCACUCUGAGGGAAGUGGCUCAUCAGCAGGGUCACUAUAGAGCGUCUGCUUUUGUCUGCUGUGUUAUCAGCCGAAGCCGCUCUUCAGAUCUGCUGGCCACUGACUCUCACGGUCCAGGACUGAGCCUGGACACUGUCAGGCGCCUCUUCACCUCAGACUCCUGCCCGGGCCUGGCAGGCAAGCCUAAACUCUUCUUUAUCCAGAGCUAUGAUGUGUCCGAGCCUCAGAGGUGUGCUGGGUGUAUGGAGGGUGGAGAGCUGGAGACAGACGGGCCUGUGCUCUUAUGCUGCAAGAGGACUGUCCCGGUGGAUGCGGACAUCUUCUGGAGUCACUGCUGGACUCGAGGAAAACAGCUGGAGGUGCCAAACCAUCAGUCUGUGUACCUGAAAGCCUUGAGAUCCUCCUUAACUGAGGGACAGAAAAGGAGGACUCAUUUGGUGGACUUGCACAUGGCGGUGAAUCGUGCAGUAUAUGAACACAAUGACAAAUCUCCAGAAUCCUCGUACUUUUUAAAUCUCAGGCACACUCUCAGGAAGACAGUCUAUUUGUCUUGAUUCCGUCAUGAACCCUUACGUUUAAGUGAAGGUAGAUGAUUAUUCAAGAACGUUUGAUGCUUGAGUAGAUAGAUGAUCAUCAUAAUGAUGUCUCUGUGAAUUGUAUCAAUUAUGAUUUGCAAUGUGUCAGUAAAUAAAUCUCAGGUUUUGUUAUUGUAGUUUCCUAUAUUGUCCACAUGUUGGCAGUGUUGUCCAGUGUUGGCAGUGAACUUCACCACCACGUGUUAAACUUGCUUUUAAAACAUCUGAACUGAUUGCCCUCUAAAACCAAUAUUUAAAUCAUUUAAUUGAAUUGAAUAAAUUGGUAAAAGAAAGUUUGAACAGAAGUCCCAAACAAUAUUAAACUAUUCGAAUACUGAUAGCUUCAGACAGCCAGUGUCUACAGUCACAGGAAACUGUAUCACGCAUCAAAAUUACAUUAUAACCUAAAGGGAGACCUGGGACUUCAUCUAUGGAGAUGCAAGUUUUAACAAUGUUUAUCAUUCUGUUUAACAUUAUAUUUUAUAUGUGUGUUUUUUCUCAUAAUGUGUGCAUAUGUUUGUCUUUCAAUGAAAUCGGUGCUAUUUGUAUACAUCUUGAACACCUGUAAACAUUUGACAAAGCAAUGAAUAACUACCAAACUUUACCAAAGUGAUACAACAAAAAUCCUGUAACUUUAUUUGACUUUUUUGUGUUUCCAACUUCUCCUUGCUAUACUAGCAAAGAUGUGCAUUUUCAAAGAAGUCAACCCUGUUACUGUCAUAACUGACAUUAAUUCCAUUAAAAAACAUCAAGAUGCGAACUCCUCAAAGUCAAGUAUUGUCUUGUCUUAUGGUUUAAAUUCGACAUUCAACCCUGUUACCUUGUUUUUGUCAGGAGCUGAUUAUUGAAAGGUGGAUAUUUGUAUUAUCAGCUUGUUCUUUCUAAUAAAACCCAUGUGUCAUGACCUUGAGCACAAG